CGCCACAGUCCUCUACAGCUCCACUUUCCCAAAUGAAAUCUUUCUUGGUAAAUUUCUAGUUGUUUUUACUGUUCUCAAGUCAUCUGUGAAUUGUAGGGUAAUUUGAUUUUUGUUAUUGAGAUUAUAAGUUAAAAGAAGGAUGGCUUACCAAAGGAGGGGAUCAGACCUCCAACCACAGAGGCAUAUUCUGCGGACACAGGCUGCUGGUAAUCUAGGGGAGUCUAUGAUGGACAGUGAGGUGGUGCCAUGUUCACUGGUAGAGACUGCACCAAUUCUCCGUGUUGCCAGUGAGGUUGAGCCAAUUAAUCCCGGGGUUGCUUAUCUCUGUCGAUGCUAUGCCUUUGAGAAAGGUCACCGUUUGGAUCCAACAUCAAGUGGACGACGAGUCCAUCAGUUCGAAACAGCCUUGAUUCAACGUUUGGAAAGGGAAAAUGAUACAACAUUAGCUGGAAGGACAAAGAGUGAUGCUCGAGAAAUGCAGAGUUUCUAUCAGCACUACUACAGGAAGUAUAUUCAGGCGUUGCAGAAUGCUGCUGAUAAAGCUGAUCAGUAGGUUAUCUGCAGUUGUGGGCAUUAAUUUCUUAAUAGCUAAGUGCAGAUUCCUUGCUUAAUGAUUCUUUAUGAUCUCCUAAUCUGUCCAGUGCCCAACUCACAAAAGCAUACCAAACUGUUGCUGUACUUUUUGAGGUCUUGAGGGCCGUUAAUUUGACAGAAUCAGUUGAAGUGGCCGAUGAGAUGCUCUACUUUCUUUCCUUGUAGGUCAUAGAUAAUCUUGAUUGUACAGGAAAGUAUACUGGCAAUUUGCAGACGAAGUCUUUUCUAUGCAUCUGCUUGAGGAGGUUUCAUCCUGUUA